AUGCCUCGCGAAUACGACUUUGCAGAUAAGGUCCUCUACACCGAGGAGGAGCUCCGGGCUCGCAUUAAUCGGGUCGCCCAGCGCAUCGCUGUGGACUACAAGGACAAGGGUCUGCGUCCCCUUGACAACCCCCUUGUGCUCAUCUGUGUGCUGAAGGGCAGCUUCAUGUUUACGGCCGACCUCUGCCGCGCACUGAGCGACUUCAACGUGCCGGUGCACAUUGAGUUUAUUUGCGUCUCAUCCUACGGCGCCGGUGUCACCACCUCUGGUCAAGUGCGGAUGUUGCUUGACAUCCGCCACAGCAUUGAGGGCCGUCAUGCGAUGAUUGUGGAGGACAUCGUCGACAGCGCCCUCACACUAAAGUACUUGCAGCGCACCUACACCGAACGCAGGCCGGCAAGUCUGAAGACUGUCGUGUUGCUCGACAAGUUUGAAGGGCGACAAGUGAAGUUUGUUCCAGACUACACUGUGGCGAGUGUGCCCAACGUCUUUGUGAUCGGCUACGGUCUCGACUACGACGACUCUUACCGCGAGGUGCGCGACAUUGUUGUUCUUCGUCCAGAGGUAUAUGAGAAAAGGGAGGCGGCGCAGAAGAAGAAACUGAAAGAAAAGCCUUCCAAGACGCUGAUCGAGACAGCGAGUGCAAGUCUCUAA